AUGAACUUGGAGGUUUUUAUUAUAGCAAUAUUGUUAAAUGGCGUGUUUGCUAGUUGGUUGCCGAAAACCAAAAAAGAUUCUGUCAAAAGGAAACCAACUUUUCCGAAGAAUUUAGGAAGCAACGAACUGUCACAGCUCAAAAUUCCAAACAAAGAUUUCUGUCAAUUCAUGGAGAAGGAAGCGGGAACGUUUCUGGUGUUACCAUGGUGGCACUACUAUUGCGAAAGUCUAAGAGAACAGCAGGAAAGAGGUGUUCAAUCGAAGAACUAUUUUCUGCCAAUUUAUAGCUCUAUUGUCGAAAGAAUACAGUGGUAUCGGCGGCGUGGAAUUUUUGAUACUAGCAACACACAAACGACAAAAAGGCGUGACCAUAGAGUAUAA